CAAGAUUCCAAUAGUCAUUUAGCGGAUUCGCCGGAAUUUGCGCCAGAAAUACCUCGUCAUGGCCGGUGAUCACCCAGCCAAGAGAGAUGCUGCAAUGAAACAUACCGCUACCCCCACGAGCGAAAAGAAAUCACAUAAGCGCAAACGAGACCUCGAUGGCACCACUGCCGCUUCCUCCACCCCAUCGAAGAAGUCCAGAAAAGACCAGGAUGACGCAUCUACUCCCGUUCCAAUCAGAGAGAAGAAGAAAGACAAGCGGUCGAAGACGAGCCCCGAUAGUGAUGCCGACAAAAAGUCGACCAAGAAGAAGGGUACUAUUUCGGCUACCAUCAACAAAGAAGAGACAGCAGAAGCGGACACUGGUGCCAAACAAAAGAAGAGUAAAUCGAAGAAGGAGAAGCGAAAAUCCUCAGAAGAUGAUAGUGGCGCGAAUGAAGAGUCUGCAAAUUCACUAAACGAGACCGAGCCGCAGGAGGGUCAAAGGGACAUUGAAAAGGAUGCUAAGGGAAAGAAGCACAAGAAAUCGAAAGCGUCAAUCCCGACAGAAGCGGGAGAAAACGACACACGCCAGACCAAGAACAAAUUUGCUGGGAUUCUGUCGAAGUUUGAGAGGUCUGCGAAAGUGAAAGAGGCUGCAAGUGCCAAAGGAGACGGAAAAGAGGAGACACUGGAGCAAGAUCUGAAUAGCGCUGAACCGGUCAUAGCAAAAGGACUGGAGCCUAUACCCCAACCAGAACCAGUUCUCGAGCAGGAAGUGAAGCCAACAUAUUCUUCGCUCCCAGAAUGGCUUGCUAACCCGUUGAGGACCUCAGCUGAGACCAGGACCAAGUUCUCAGAGCUUGGAAUUGAACCCAAACUACUUGGUGUGCUCGAAAACAACGGAUAUAAGGAAGCCUUUGCUGUGCAGUCGGCCGUCAUUCCGCUUCUUCUCAAGGGCACCGGAAGCCAUUCUGGGGAUCUAUGUGUCUCAGCAGCUACCGGAUCCGGAAAGACCCUGUCCUACGUUCUCCCUCUUGUCACGGAACUAGAGCCAAGUCCAGCUCCCAGGCUUAGAGGGCUCAUAGUUGUCCCCACCAGAGAGCUGGUCAAACAAGCCAGAGAAGCCUGUGAACUUUGCACAGCAGGAUCUGGUCUGCGCGUCGGAUCCGCUGUUGGAAAUGUCGCGAUCAAAGACGAACAGCGCUCUUUGAUGCGCGUCGACCAGGUCUACAGUCCCGAGAGCGUCAGAUUAAGACAACAAACCAAGCUGACAGGGGAGGAUUGGACCGAAUUCAGCCUACAAGAUUACAUUUCUACCACAGCCGAUUUUGGCGAGACGUUACCAGGCUAUAUUUAUAGGGCAGAGCCUAAUGUUGAUAUCCUUAUAUGCACACCAGGUCGUCUGGUGGACCAUAUCCGUUAUACAAAGGGCUUUACAUUGAAACAUCUGCAGUGGCUCGUGAUCGAUGAGGCAGAUAGGUUGCUCAAUGAGAGCUUCCAGGAGUGGGUCGACGUUGUCAUGACUUCUCUCGAUGCCCGCAAGGCUCCCGAGGCUUUUGGUUCAAGCGGAAAGUUCCUAGCAGGCCUCAAUCUCCCUUUACAAACAUCAGAGCCGCGGAAGGUCAUUCUGAGCGCUACCAUGACCCGAGAUAUCUCAAAAUUGAAUUCGCUCAGGCUGUCAAAUCCUCAGUUGGUCGUUGUCGGCGCUGCGGAGCAAGACGUGACAAGAGACGACGAGGUUGGGGUGCUCACACGGUCAGACGACAAGUUUACCUUGCCGACUACAUUGAAGGAGUAUUCUGUCGCAGUUGGUGAUGGAGCGCAGAAACCACUAUACCUCUUACAACUACUCCUUUCCGAAAUCAAGAUUGCUGUGCCUGGUACUUCUUCCAGGCGCACAAAACGACGAACCGCAAUCGAGUCAGAUGAGACUAGCUCUGAUGACACAAGCUCUGAUGACACAAGCUCUGAUGACACAAGCUCUGAUGACACAAGCUCAGACGACACCUCCUCGGACGAGUCCACAUCUUCAGAUGGCUCCUCGGACUCUGAUUCCGACUCCGAUACCAGCUCUUCAGCAAGCUCAUCAUCAGACUCAGACUCAGAAUCAUCAGACAGCAGCUCUGACUCUGACUCCGACUCAGACUCGAAACCCUCCCCAAUACCCACCGAACCCUUAACAACCCCCAACAAGCCCACCGUUCUAAUCUUCACCAAAUCCUCCGAAUCCGCCUCCCGUCUCUCCCGCCUCCUUGCCCUCCUCAACCCCCACCUCUCCAACGAAAUCGGCACAAUCAUCAAAUCCAACAAAUCCUCCGCCUCCCGCAAAACCCUCGCCGCAUACCGCCGCGGCAAGCUUUCAAUCAUCAUCGCCACAGACCGUGCCUCACGCGGAUUGGAUCUUGCGUCUUUAACCCACGUCGUAAACUACGAUGUCCCCGCUAGUUUGACGACCUACGUACAUCGCGUUGGUCGAACGGCCAGAGCAGGCAGAGAGGGUUCGGCGUGGACGCUUGUGGCGCAUAGAGAGGGGCGCUGGUUUAUGAAUGAGAUUGCAAAGGGUUCUGAUGGGAAGAUUACGAGAUCUGGAAAGGUGGAGAGGGUUGCAAUGAAGUUGGAGAAUUCGAAGGAGAUAAAGUCGAGGUAUGCUGCUACCCUGGAGGUUCUUGAGAAGGAAGUUAGGGCUGGCGGUGCCAAACAAGCUGUGCGGUCGUAGGUGCCUUUAUUUCAGCGAUUAGCUAUACAACUUAUACAGUAUAUAGAUUCGAACUCUGAGUUCAGCUAAUUACUCUGUAUGAUGUAUUGAUUGCCUUUAGUUGAGAGUCCGUCUGUCAUGGUGCACCCUCAAUCUAGCCACUCGUAUUCAAGGUUAUGAAGGAAUAGGUAACAUUCCGACUACUAUGUCAUGAGUCAAUUUGAACAGGCACCAUAAUUGAA